AUGGGUGACCCACUCGUCAUUGGUGUAGGGACUUUCGGUGUAUCGAGUGUGUGUGAUUGGUUCUGGUUUGGGUUCAGCUACAAUAACCUAUACCCACAAACGAGUGAGAAACACCCAGCAGAUGGAGGUGGUAACCAUGACAACCGGCCAUACCCCGCUGCGCUAUCGCCGCCCUCCCUCGGGCGAACAAGCACAGGCGGUAGUAAUCUCAGGUCUAUUCAGACCAUGGUAGUUACAGGCGAAUCAACAACACGCACAUACCCACCCAACAGCCCCACAAAGCAGUCUGGCAGCCCAAACACACCCACACACGCCAGAGCCUCGACUACAAGCAACACACCCACAGCCAAGCUACAACGCUCUACCAGCACACAAGGCAGGAGUGUAAGUGCAGAUGUGGCACCCUCAGCCCCACUUAUACGCUACUCUCGAACUAUGGGGGGAACACAGACGCACUAUGCAGACACGCCUUCGCUUGCCAGGACGGUGAGUGACGAGUCACCUGCAGGGGGGUUGGGAAAGUCACAGACAUCAGUUGUUGUUACUAACGACUCAGUGCAAUCGGAUGCUAUGGCCAAUAAGGUAUCUAACGGAGCGUAUGCGUCCAGAGAGCACUAUAACAACGCACGCACACGCGCACAGUCGAUCAUUAGUGCCAAUCCCGAUGUGAUCGUGUGCACACUCAGCGGUGCGAAGAAGAGUGGCGUGGUCUCAGCACACAUCAGCUGGCUGCUCACCACGCACACCUCGUUGUAUGGAGGUGGGACCUUUGAAAUUCGACGCAAGUACAGUGACUUCACCUGGCUGCACAACUCAAUGGAGGCCAAUCACUUUGAACUUAUGAUACCAAGUAUACCUGCUGAGGCGAGUGCCAUGCAGAAGCAGGACGCUUACUUUGUCAACAAACGAGAGAUAGGGCUGCAGAUAUUUGUGGACAGGUAU